AUGAUAAUUCCAAUCACGGCCAUUCUCGCAUUGGCAUCCUUGGUACCAGCCGUUCCGGUAGAGGGAGAUAUCUUUGCUCGUACCUCAAUCGAUGACCCCUUCACGCUACAAGGAAUGAAUGCCGCAGCUCGCGAACUGGAUGCCCGUAUGGAGAAAAUAUCCACUGCUCUGGACAUUCGAAGUGAGAACCCUGCAGCCCGCGCCUUGAUGGAACUGGAGAGUAGAAAUCCUCCUGGCACCCGCGAAGUGGGGGCACCUAGAUUUAGUGCCCAGCAAUAUACCGGAGCCCAAGCGGUGGUAUGGUAUACUGCAUUAUCUGCAACAAGCCUCUGUGCUGUGUUCGGCGGUGGGGCGGCUUGUACUGCUCUUUUCCCAUUCAUAGUCGGUAUCAUGAAUGUCGUAAUCUACAUCGGCGCGAUGAGAAACGGCGAUAUCUCAAGGGGAUCUAGAUAUGUUGCAGGAUUGCUGGGCACCAAUGCCAUACUGAGUGAUAUCGAAAUGGGAAACUUGACCCCGAGCGAAGAAGAUCAGGCGAAUCGAUUGCUUUCGGACACGCCUUUCAAUUCUAAGCGAAGUCUACUCGAGGAGGAACACUUAAAUGUGGCCCGACUCUUUGAAGGAUCCAAUCUAGAAUUUGAUCGUAUCGAGCUCGAGGACGUUUCAUCCUUGAACCAACAGAAGCGAAGCCUUGACUCGCCUGAUCUCACGCAUCGCAUGAUGAUCCGAGGUGCCAAACUGAACGAUCUGUCGCAUGAUCUAGCGUUUGACCGGUACAGCAAUGGCCAGUCGGGAAUAUCUUUCAACUUCAAUGACACCAAUUUCGGCGGAGAGUCAGAGCUGAAUAAGCGCGAUCUAUCUGAUGUUGGAUUGAAGGUGACGUUCUCAUAUCCUCAAGGACAGAAGAUUGAUAAAGGUGACUCCUUGAGGGCAGACCUUUCCCAUGGAAUUGCAAAGCAUUGGAGUGAGCUUGCUUUCAGUCAGACUGGCUGGAGUGAGUACCUUGGUUCGAUUUUAGAUUCGGAUCGAAACUCAGUGGUGAAGUACCGCAUUCAAGUCACGAAAGGCGAGCCCAGCUCUAGCCCUGAAGACCUCUCUGGCAAUUAA